AUGAGAGUACUACGGUGCACUAUUCAUCUUUGUUUGUUUGCAUUAUUCUUCUGCUUUGCAAUUGAUGACACCGUCGGAGAGAGACAAAAAACUUAUUCACUUAAUGAUUACUCUCGCAAAGAAAAGCCUAACAAAAGCGAACUUUACAGUUUGAUGACACAUACAAUUUCAUCAACAAGUGGCUCAACUAAUCGGCCACGUCUCUGUCGAUCAGAACAUCAACCAAACAUGCUCGAGUACAUCGAUACCACAUUGAACGACGCAUUUUCGUCACGCUUGAAGUUACAAAUGAAUGCAACAACAAACAACACGAACACAAUCAUGCCGAAUGCAUCUGAUCAGUUUGGUAACACCAUUGUCGAUCAAUAUCUACUUUACAUACUCUGUCAAAAGCUAAAUCCCAAUUAUAUGGAUGGUCGUACCGAACAACUCUACCAUUCCUUACAUCAAUUCUUCAUAUCCAAUGGUAAAAUCUCAAAAUCAUUCUUUGAAUAUUCACCACCAACCAUCGCUCGUUCCACUUAUUCAUCUCUGUUUAACAAUUAUACUAGUUUCAUCUGGAAUGAAUUCGACGUGGACAUUCUGCUUGAACUCGCAUGCUUCGUAUUGAAGUACCGUUUACGUGAUAUAUUUAUAAUCAUCACAAAUAAUAAAUGCAGUUCAAAUAGUAUUCGACAGAAGAUACUCGGUUAUUUCGUGGAGAUUAUUGCCAUUUAUUACCUUUCAACACAUCAUCGUGAAUUUUUUAUCAGUUCACGUUCAACGGACAUGCUCUUUCCAUAUCCAUCAGCAGCUUUAAGCUCUGAAAACCCUCACACGGGUCAAGAUACAUCUAUAUUUAGUAAAUUUCUCCGUAAACUAUUUGAUAAUGAAGUUGGAGAACAAAAAAAUUGGCUUCAUUAA